AUGGCCAACUUCCUCGCCUCCAUCUUCGGCACCGAGCUCGACAAGGUCAACUGCUCAUUCUACUUCAAGAUCGGAGCCUGCCGCCACGGCGACCGCUGCUCCCGGAAACACGUCAAGCCAAGCUACUCCCAGACCAUCCUCAUGCCCAACCUCUACCAAAAUCCGGCAUACGACCCCAAGAACCGCAUGAACCCGUCCCAGCUGCAGAACCACUUUGACGCCUUUUACGAGGAUAUUUGGUGCGAGCUCUGCAAGUACGGCGAGCUAGAGGAGCUGGUCGUGUGCGACAACAACAAUGACCACCUCAUCGGAAACGUUUACGCGCGCUUCAAGUACGAAGACUCGGCCCAGAAGGCCUGCGAUGACCUCAACUCGCGGUGGUACGCCGCGCGACCCAUUUACUGCGAGCUAUCUCCCGUCACCGACUUCCGCGAAGCCUGCUGCCGCCUUAAUUCGGGCGAGGGCUGCGUCCGCGGCGGCUUUUGUAACUUCAUCCAUCGGAAGAACCCCUCCGAGGAUCUGGACCGCGACCUCACACUCAGCACAAAGAAGUGGCUCAAGGAGCGUGGCCGCGACGAGCGCAGCCCCUCGCGCUCCCCCACCCCGGAGCCCACGCGCCGCCGGUACUAG